CGGCUCCUUCGAACAAGAAUGAACAACAACCUUCUCCCUUCUACUGGGUCAUUCAUAUCUAGCUGUAAGCUGGCUUGGUCUAGAUUCACUGGCAAGUGCUACGUUAUAGGUAGGUAAGCUAACGUUACGUGAUUGUAGUAGGUACUGUAGGUAGGUAGGCAGGUACAUCGCGAUAUGUCUCAGAAUAUGCAGCUGUGGAAAUGCAGGUAUUUUCCAAGGUUAGUAAAACGAGUUUUAUAAAGCUAUAGUCAUCACUUGUUAUAUCGUAAGUCAUCUACCCAAUCCAUCCAUCCACUCACCCAUCUAUCUCUUUCUCAACCAACACCACAAACUCAAACACUCCACCCUCCCACCACCACAAUGAAGCAAACCCCCCUCCUCCUCGCUCUCACGGGCACCUUCUUCUCCUCCACCGCCCACUCCGCCUCCCCCCUACCAGCAUGGCAAGUAACCGUCUUCAACACGCACUCCCCCGCCGAGCGCCCCGGGAGCGACUACUCGUUCUUCAUCCGCGCGACCAUCAGCAACCCCGGCUCCUCUUCUGCCCCAUCCACCCCCGCCAGCACAGCCAACUGCACCGUCGAGUGGACCUACCCCGCGCAGCCGUACGGGACCGGCUACGCGUGCACGACGGAAGAAGCCGACGCGGCUUGGACGCUGGAGCUCGAGAACCCGCCCGGCGCGAACUACUCGUCGCCGACGGAGAAUGUGGACGCGAGGUUUACGCUGGUGGUGAGGGGGGCAGAGGAGGCGACGACGUUGAGCGGGACGCAGCAUUUUGAGGUGGGUGAGAAUUUGGAGGGGGUUUGUGGGGGGAGUGGGACGUGCUCGUGGGGGCUGAGGGAUGAUAGCGUGCCGGUGCUGGUUGAGCCGACGGUAAUAUCGUGA